AUGAUUGAUAUGGAAUCUUUCGAGACAACAUUUUACACAGAAAAGAACGGUGGUUGCAUGGAUGAAACAGUAAUUCCUUUCCUUGAAAGUCUCGUGCUUGAUGAAAACAAUGUCCAUUUCUCGCAUUUAAAGGAACCUCACAUUGGAGGAAUGUCAUCAGUUGCAAGAACUGGCUACUCACUCGGAAGUACAUUUGGAGCGUUAUGUGGAGUCCCAUAUAUGGGUGCAGAAGGAAUUAGUGAAGAAAAGGGAUAUUAUGUAGGGUUCAAUUGUUUGAGUGAACUUUUGAAUGCAGAAAAUUAUUUUACAUCUGCAACGUUCGGAGCGACAUAUAAUGAUUGGGGAUUUGGAAGAAUAUUUGGUUCUCAUCAUUUCACAAAAAUAAACUCUGUUUAUGAAAUACUACAAAGCAAAGGCACAUUCUGGCUUCAUGAUUAUCAUACAUUUAAAUUUUUCAAAAAAGAAAUAACAAAUAUUCACAGUCUUGGACGACCAUUUUUCACUUUCCUGACUACAUUAGAUACUCAUGAACCAGGUUUCGUUUGUCCUCGAUGCCCUACUGGAAGUAAAGACAUACUUAGAGCUGCAAAAUGUACUGAUAACCAAUUGAGAGAGUUCAUAGAAUGGUCGAAAACACAAGAAUGGUACAAUAAUACAGUCUUUGUCUUCUACGGAGAUCAUAUUUCAAGAGAUGUAGUCCUUAGAACUUAUUCUGAAUCUCAUAAUUUCGAUAGAAAAGUAUAUAAUGUUAUAAUUAACUCUUAA